GACAAGUGGUGACAGUAGUGUUGCACAGCGGCAGCUUGCCAGCUGAUUUUUCGCGAAAAAAAACUUUUGCAUUGUAAAUUAUAUUAAUUUCUGUUAUUUUUGCGCCUCCAAAAAGGAAAACUAUAACUACCUAAUGAUAUAUGGAAGUGGUUUUUGCAUCUGGACAUGUAAUAGUGUGACUAAGCGUGUUUUCUAGAUAUUGUAUGCCGACGCGGCGUAUGAUUGUUUUUGUUGCGUGAUUAAUGCGGUGAUCUUAUUUAGAAAUUCGCAAAAUAAGUUGUAAAUAAGAUAUACAAACACAAGUGCCACAUCUGCUGCAGUUUUACUAUAAGGAAAGAUGAAACUGCAAUUUCCUCUCUAGGUGCUCACUAUAAAUUGUGUUGCACCAACGCAGUAUGCCCCAUUUUUCAAUUGUCAUCGCAAGCUCCACGAUAAAAAAAACAUGACAGUCGAAAUAAUAUAUUAAUUCAAAACACUCCAGACAAAAUUCAUACGUAAAAAAUACAAAAUGUCAGAGGCGAAAUCGGAAAUCGAGGAUAUAGCCAGUGCCUCGACAUCGGGCGAACAACCACAACAGAAUGAUCAACAAGUGGUUGCCACAAAGAAUACAAAAACUCCCGAUUUGGUGCCGAAGAAGCAUCGACAGCGAUUGACAGAAGAGAAGAAAAGCAGCCUGGAGGCGAAUCCUUUGAUCCUGGAGCAUGCCAGUCUGGAGUCGGUGCCCCAGCAUCUGGAGAAACUGAUGAAGCAGUACCAGGAAAAUCGGAAAAUGCCGGCUGCCGAAUGGCUCACCUUGCUGAUUUACCUGCUGGCCUUGGAGUGCGGAUUUGUGGAGGAGGAGAUUUACGCCCAGAAACGACACCUUCUGCAGCCGGUGCCCUCCUUCAGCAGUUUUCAUGCCCUGAAUGUGCGACUCCUGAGCGAACAGCCGGCCAAAUAUGAAGUGCUAUUUAAUGACACCGCCUAUUCCAUGCGAUUGAGGACCCUGCUGGAUAAGCAUGCUCCGGGGGAGGCUUCUCUGGUGGCCGCCCUUCAGUCCCGACUAAUGGCCAUCACGUUGGGGGACCAGCUGAUGGUCACCUUGUCGCCGGCACCGCCUUCCAAGCAACCGGGCUAUAGCAUCAGCCUGUCCAUCGGCCGCUAUGUACUGAGUGUUCAGGCGAAGAACAAACCCAUUUACCAUCGCUUUCGGAAGCUGGACGAGCUCUCCUUCGAACUCAAACAGAACGUUUUCCAGCCCAUGCGAUCGCAACAACUCAUGCAGAUGGAGCACAAGCUGCAGCCAUCGUUGCUGGGACUCCCAGACGAACUCUAUCACGAGAUCUUUAGGUAUCUCAACAAGAGCCAGCUGAAUGUGGUGGCCAAAGUCAAUAGGCAGCUGCAGUUCUACAGCAAAGAAGCCGAGCGAAAAAGGUUGUCGGGCGGCAGGAGUUAGCCUCGAAAAGAUUUAAUUUCCAUGAAAUUUAUUAGGUGUUUGUUUUGGCUCUAACUAAUUGUCAAGUGUCGCUUUCGGCUAUGAUUUUUGCGUACAAUAAUUCUCUAAUAUAUUAAGAAAUCAAAAAUGUAUGUUAAGCCUUUAAUUAAUGGUUGGUAAUCUUUUUGAUUAGAAUUUGAAAUGAAUUAAAUUACAGAAAUUAAAUCUGUUCAUUAUGAUUUUUCUGUAUUGUAAACUAUGUCUUAUGAAAUUGUGUUUCACACAAAACUGACUUACAUAACUCAAAAAAAUCUCUAUUGAAAACUACAAAGUUUUUUAAAUAUAGGCAGUAAAAUGUAAAUAACUCUUUAUAUGACUGGCUAUAAUAAAUUAUCUGAUUAUGAUAAAUUGAA